AAAGCGUCGUAAUCAUCAUCAUCAUCAAUUAUCAUUCGAGGUUUUCCCACUCCAUACGAUUUCUCCAUUUUCUUCAGAACGAUUCGGGUCAAGGUUUUUGACUUUUUCUCACUCAGCGAAGCUUGAAUCAUGGCGUCUCGAAUUGCUAAAGAUGUGACUGAAUUGAUUGGGAACACUCCAUUGGUGUAUUUGAACAAUGUGGCUGAAGGGUGUGUUGGUCGUGUUGCUGCUAAGCUUGAGAUGAUGGAACCCUGCUCAAGCGUCAAAGACAGGAUUGGUUUUAGUAUGAUUUCUGAUGCAGAGAAACAGGGUCUUAUUAAACCAGGAGAGAGUGUGCUGAUUGAGCCAACAAGUGGAAACACCGGAGUUGGAUUAGCAUUCACAGCGGCUGCCAAGGGCUACAAGCUUAUUAUUACAAUGCCAGCUUCUAUGAGUAUUGAGAGAAGGAUCAUUCUCUUAGCUUUUGGAGUUGAGUUGGUUUUAACUGACCCAGCUAAGGGCAUGAAAGGAGCUAUCGCAAAGGCGGAAGAGAUUUUGGCCAAGACACCCAACGGUUACAUGCUUCAACAGUUUGAGAACCCUGCCAACCCAAAGAUUCACUAUGAGACUACUGGACCUGAGAUAUGGAAAGGCACCGAUGGAAAAAUCGAUGGCUUUGUUUCUGGGAUUGGUACUGGUGGUACCAUUACAGGUGCUGGGAAGUAUCUUAAAGAACAGAACGCAAACGUAAAGCUGUAUGGAGUGGAGCCAAUUGAAAGUGCUAUUCUUUCCGGUGGGAAGCCAGGCCCUCACAAAAUUCAAGGGAUAGGAGCUGGCUUUAUACCAAGUGUAUUGAAUGUUGAUAUUAUAGAUGAAGUUGUUCAAGUUUCAAGUGAUGAAUCUAUCGACAUGGCAAGACAACUUGCUCUUAAGGAAGGUCUUCUUGUGGGAAUAUCAUCUGGUGCAGCAGCUGCUGCGGCAAUUAAGCUUGCAAAGAGGCCAGAAAACGCAGGGAAGCUCUUUGUGGCGAUAUUCCCGAGUUUCGGCGAGAGGUAUCUAUCGACCGUGCUAUUCGAUGCGACAAGGAAAGAAGCAGAAGCCAUGACCUUCGAGGCUUGAAAAUCCUCCAUAUCUUCUUAAGAGACGCCAAAAUAAAAGAGAUGCCCAGUUUCUCCUACAGAGACUCUUCAUCUGCAGUUGCAUUGCGUCUUUGCUUCCAUCUGUAUCUUCCUUUGGUGUGAAAAUAAAAAAAAAUCAAACUAGAUUGUCUCUUAUUUCUUUUGUGAACUACUACGUUCUGUUAAUGAAGUUCUUGCUAUGUAA